AUGGCGAUACAAGCACGUCCUCUAGUGUUUAUCAAUCAUGGUGAAAGCGAUCAGAGCGACGGAUUCAUUAGGCAUGUGGAAAGAGCCUUAAAUGACGAAGGGUUUAACGUUUUCAUAGAUAGUGACGAGCGAAGAGGAAGAGGCAUGGAACACAUUUUCAGAGCGAUCGAUAACUCAAAUGUCGCAUUAGUGAUUUUCUCUGACCGGUACACAGCGUCAGAGUUGUGUUUGCACGAAGCGGUGAGGAUCUAUGAUCGACGUAGGGAAGGAAAACUCGUGUUGAUCCCUGUCUUCUAUAGGGUUUCAGAAGACGACGUGAAUAUGUUCAAUGGUAGAUUUGGAGAGAGUUUUUUGGAAACGUUGACGAUUCAGGGCUUCAGGGAUCAUCCAUUUGCCGAGCAUUGGAUGAGAAAUGUGAAUUUUAUCUGCACAGAUACUGGUUUCACCUCAGCAGAUUACAGCAGCAAUGAUACUUCUCUUGUGGAGGAGAUUGUAAGGGCUAUUAAGAGACGUCUACAGGGCAAGAAACUUCCGAGACGUGUGCAAGAUGAAAAACUACCUAGCCCUUUAGACAUGUUCAUGCCAAAACAACCGAAUGCUCAAGAGGGGUUUGGAAAAGAGUUGCUUUAUGUUGCUAUUGCUGCUUUGCUCUGCUAUUUCAUUAUCCCUUUUGUUUUCACAGAUUGGAUGUCUUCAGUAUCCUUCAGUGGCUCGUUGCUGUUCUGA